AUGGAUCAUUCAUGGCGUCCUCCGCCUUUGCCACUAGUACCAGGUAGACGACCUAUGUGGUAUGGUAGUAACCCUAGCUUAGAUAUGAGUCCGUAUAAUGCCGUCGUCAAUCCUCCUAUGGUUAAUGGAAAUUAUAGUAAUCAUCAUACGGGUGGUGUUGGCUCUGCUGGUUAUGGAUAUGAUGGCUAUGAUAAUGGCGGAAUCAAGAGAAUGAAAAUUGAACCCAUUGAUAAUAACAAGGGUCCUAGAGGAUCCUUUAUGGGUGGUGAAAUUGCAGAUACAUCAAAGUCCUCAUCUGACAAUGAGAGAAUAUUGAAGUUGAUUCAUGAUCAUGGCAAUGCUGCCAAUGGCGGUCUUCCUAAAGUAGGCGCAAAUUCAACUUCGGAAUCCAAUGGUGAAAAUGGCAAUAUAUAUGCACAUGAGAAAUUUGGAGAAACUCGUGAAGUUAGGGAUGACAUCGGAUUCAAACGGAAACGGGAGAUGAGUGACUUUCCAAGUAGCAGGGAAGAUCAUGGAGUAGUGUAUGCGAAGAAUAAUGUGCAUUUUGAUCAAAGACAUGAACAAACACAGGAUCACCAUAGAGGAGCAGCUCCGUAUCAUUCUGUUUUGCAGAGAAGUGAACUGAAUCAGAAAUUGCAUGAUCCAACUACUGGAACUUUACAAGAGAAUCAUCACAAUUUGCAGCGAACAACUCAGAUUCAGUUGCCAACACCUCUUUAUGUUAAUAAACCUAGUUCUUUUGGGACAAACUUUGGUCCAGUGGAGGUUCCUCAUGCUUAUCGUGGCCAACCUCCUCUUCCUGUUUCCCCUCCACCACCACUACCCAUAGACCCACCACGGAAUCAUUUUUUUGAGCCAUUCACUUCACCACCAGUACAAAAGCCCUCUUUGUUUCCUAUUGGUGUUAGUUCUUCAGCAGAUUCGUUAUCUUCAUCAUCAUCAUCACGUUCUGCAAUUCCUGAACACCAAUCAUCUACACAAGUUUAUUAUGCCAAUAACGCAGGUCACCAUGCUUCAACUCUUUCUUCUGUUGAGGAAUUUUACACCCGGCAAUCUUCAUCUGAAAAACAUCUGAGAGAUGUUCAACUGUUUCCAUUGCAGCAUAUAUCUUCAGAGAAGCCAAAUGUUAUUGAUGCUUCUCGCAUAUUUAAGCAGCCACAUCGAGUAUCUCGUCCUGAUCACUUGGUGAUAAUCCUACGUGGACUUCCAGGUAGUGGAAAGAGCUACUUGGCAAAGGUGCUGCGUGAUAUUGAGGUUGAAAAUGGUGGGGAAGCACCACGCAUUCAUUCAAUGGAUGAGUACUUCAUGACUGAAGUUGAAAAGGCUGAAGAUAGUGAGUUGUCAAAGUCUUCUGGUUCUCUCAGAGGCAAGAGACAAGUAAUGAAGACUGUGAUGGAGUAUUGUUAUGAACCUGAAAUGGAGGAGGCUUAUCGAGCAAGCAUGCUGAAGGCAUUUAAGAAGACCCUUGAUGAGGGGGUUUACUCCUUCAUAAUUGUGGAUGACCGCAAUCUGCGGGUAGCCGAUUUUGCUCAGUUUUGGGCAACUGCUAAGAGAUCUGGUUAUGAAGUAUACAUAGUGGAAGCCUCAUACAAGGAUCCAGCAGGUUGUGCGGCUAGGAAUGUGCAUAACUUUAGCCUGGAUGAUAUACAGAAGAUGGCUACACAAUGGGAAGAAGCUCCAUCAUUGUACUUGAAAAUGGAUGUCAAGUGUUUACUCCAUGGAGAUGGUUUUGAUGAAGGUGGGAUUCAAGAGGUGGACAUGGAUAUGGAAGAUGAAGAUGAUGCUAUAGAUGGUAAAAGUCCACAUGAGAAUAUGAAAGAGCAGGUGGAUGAUUUAACACCUCAUGGUGAUGAUGAUGAUGAUGUGAAGAAGAAGAAGAAUGAUACACCAGAAGUGAAACAUUUGAGUAGAAGUAAAUGGUCAAAUGAUAUGGAUGGAAAUGAGUCCCAUGAAGAAGAAGCUACACAAAAUGGUGGUGCUCUUUCGGGCUUAAUUCAAGCAUAUGGAUAUAGUAAGGAAGGUAAAUCUGUACGCUGGGGUGAUCAGGGUGGAAAUGUUGGGUUCUCAAUAAGCGCAACAAGAAAAGGAAAAGCAACCACAGCAUCAUUAGUUAUUGGGCCUGGUUCAGGUUACAACUUGAAAUCAAACCCAUUAUCAGAGGAAGAGUGCAUAAAGGGAGGUGUUGAGUCAAAAGGUCAAAAUGUAUUCCAAGAGCGUAUCCGGGCAGAACGUGAAUCUUUCAAAGCUGUUUUUGAUAAAAGGCGACAUCGGAUUGAACCAAUUGAGCACCGCCAUCACGUACUAACCAGUGCACUGUUCCUCCGGGAAGACGAACACAAGACAAAAGUAAGGGAAAAGAGAAAUCGGGGGAGCAAUGAUGGCUUGCAAUUAUACAACAGGCUGAGCUAAUACGCAUUGAAGAACAUUCUUUGGAGAUUGUCCGGAUAGUGUGCUCUUUAAUUUGUUGAUUGUGAUUUUUUUGCUGCAAGACCAAUCUGUCUCUGUACUCAAAUAUGCCAGAGCGCAGUAAAAUGGGACCAAGUGGGCCCGACAACAUGGGAUUGGAUAUAUGCUUAUGAACAUCUUUUGGGGGGGGGCUUGGAACCAGUGGCUUCACAAUGCCAACCAAUUCAAAUGUAGUGCCUCCGGAAGAAUUGUAUGCUACACAACUGACACAACUACAAGAAAUGGGAUUCUUUGACACACGUGAGAAUCGUCAAGCACUGACAGCCACCGUAGGUAAUGUUCAUGCCGCAUCUGAGAGUUUAUUUGGAAUUCUUGGUUAUUGUCAGAUAUGGAAUACUGAUUAAGUAAUUGAUGUCUUUUAGUUUAUCAUUUAAAUGUAAGGUUACAUUUUAGUGUAUGAUUUAUAUGGAUGUUUUUUCCUAGAGGAAGAAGAGCAAUGUAUUUGCAAACUUGCAGGUAAGGCAUUACAUGCAAUUGUUCUUCCUUUCAUUGUUUGCAAUUGUGUCCGUUUGUAUCUUUCUACAUUCGUUUUUUUGGUGGAAC